AUGGUCUCUGAAAAUCUACGAUCACCGAAUGCGAUACCACCGCGAACAUCCUCAACUGGCCAGCAUACCUUGAACCACCUUGCAUCGAAGCCUGUACUACGACCUGUGCCAGAAGGCGACUGGAUAAGUCAGAAGAAAAAAUCACCUCCCGAUCAGACCCCCAUAAACCCAACGAUCCAGCCUGAAAUUACUAGCGCACCCUCAAAAGAAUACAAGAACGACAUGACAUUUCAUGGGAAAAGCACAUGGUCUGAAGACAAGGAGAAGAUAUUGCAAGGACCAUAUGAAUACUUAUUCGCGCAACCGGGGAAGGACAUCAGAAAACAACUGGUUUCUGCAUUUAACGAAUGGCUGGAAGUGCCACCAGAGAGCUUGGAGGUUAUUACAAAAGUGAUUGGGAUGUUACAUACGGCUUCUUUGCUUGUAGAUGAUGUCGAAGACUCGUCCUUGUUGAGGAGAGGGCUCCCUGUUGCACAUAGCAUAUUCGGGACCGCGCAAACAAUCAACUCAGCCAAUUAUAUUUAUUUCUGCGCGUUGCAAGAGUUGCAGAAGCUGAAGAAUCCAGCGGCGGUCACAAUAUACACAGAGGAGUUGUUGAACCUACAUAGAGGCCAGGGAAUGGAUCUGUUCUGGAGAGAUACGUUGACUUGUCCGACCGAGGACGAUUACCUUGAGAUGGUAGGGAACAAGACGGGGGGUCUGUUCAGGUUGGCAAUCAAGCUCAUGCAAGCGGAGAGCAAGAGUCUCAAAGACUGCGUCCCGCUUGUGAACCUCAUCGGCAUAAUCUACCAAAUCCGCGACGAUUACCAAAAUCUUUCCUCACCCGAAUACUCGCAAAAUAAAGGCCUGUGCGAAGACUUGACUGAAGGCAAAUUUUCCUUCCCAAUCAUACAUAGCAUACGAGCGAAUCCGGAUAAUCUUCAGUUGUUGAAUAUCUUGAAGCAGAAGACGGAUGAUGAGCAAGUUAAGAGGUACGCCGUGUCGUACAUGGAGGGCACUGGCAGCUUUGAAUACUGCAGGAAAGUGCUGAACACAUUAACGGAAAAAGCAAAGAGACUGGUAGAUGAAUUAGAUGAUGGUGGUCAUAAGGGAAUAGGGGUAUUGAAGAUAUUGGAUAAAAUGACCGUUUGA